AGGGAGAAGCCGGUCUUGGUGGGUAAGAUCCUAAUAGCUCCACUCUCCUAGUGGUAUAUUUAUGCCAUAGUCUCAUCACCGACCACACAAUCUGCUGCAAUACUGGCCUCAGAGGCUCUUCCCGGAGACCAACCGCACAGACCCGCCCAGAGCCGCCAGCCCCAGGAAUGAAUAAGCACUUUAGAGUCAUGUCUGCUUUCUGACCAAGAGAAUUGGGGAGGCUGGAUUCAACUACCUGAUUGGCUGGAGGUGGUGAGUGGAGCUCCUCUGGGCAUCGACCUAUGCACCUGAGGCCAGUAGCCUCAUAGGAACAAAACAUUCAGGACAGGAAGGACGGUGAGAUCUGAGGGGGUGUCUGGUCAGUGGAGAGAUCCUGCAGAGCCAGAGCCCAAUCUCCUGAAGAAAACCCACCUCAGUCUAGUCCUUCAUUCACAGCACAAUGGCAGUUGAAACAGCCCUGGCAGGACUCCAGGCAGAAGCCAACUGUCCCAUCUGUCUGGAUUAUCUGAGAGACCCUGUCACCAUUGAAUGUGGCCACAACUUCUGUCGAUCUUGCAUCCAACAGUCCUGGGAAGAUCUAUGGGACAUGUUCCCUUGCCCUGUCUGCCGUCACCCUUGCCAACAGAGGCACUUCAGGAGCAACAUCCAGCUGGGAAGGAUGAUUGACAUCACUAAGCUCCUCCACAUCACCAGGAGCAAGAAGAAGAGGCAGGAAAACAGGCGCUUGUGUGAGAAGCACAACCAGCUCCUGACCCUCUUCUGUGAGGAGGACCUAGAGGUGCUGUGUCCCCUGUGCACUCAGCCUCCUGACCACCAGGGCCACCAGGUGAGGCCCCUGGAGGAAGCCGCCUCUCAUCACAGGCAGAGACUCAGCAGUUACAUCGAGUCCCUGAAGACGCAGGUGGCAGACGUUCAGAAAUUAAUAAGCAUUCAAAGCAAAAAACCCUUAGAACUGAGAGAGAAGGUGCAAAAUCAGAGAAGGAAAUUAGCCUCUGAAUUUGAGCAGCUGAACCAGUGUGUAGAACGUGAGCAAGAGGCAGUUCUGUCAAGGCUGGCCGAGGAAGAGAGGGACAUUCAACAGAAACUCAGCGCAAACAUAGCGGCCUUUUCAGAGCACGUUUCUACCCUCAAAGGCCUACUGAAGGAGGUGGCAGAGAGGUGUGUGAUGUCGGAGGUGAGGCUGCUGACAGAUAUCCAGAGCCUCCUCCACAGGUGUGACAGCCUGAAAACCCCGGCUGUCUAUUCGAUCCAGCUAAGGAGAGAAGGAUGCAGCCUUCCCCCGCAGUAUUCGGCUCUGCAGAAAAUUAUACAGAAAUUUAAAGAAGAAGUUACUCUGGAUCCUGAAACAGCACAUCCUAAUCUGCUUGUCUCUGAGGAUAAAAAGUCUGUGACAUUUGCGAGGAAAAAGCAAAGAGUUCCUCGCAAUCCAAAGAGAUUUAUGGUUGAUCCAGUGGUCCUGGGUUCUGAAGGGUUCCAUUACGGCCGACAUUACUGGGAGGUCCAGGUGGGUGACAAGCCUGAGUGGGCCGUGGGGGUUUGUAGAGACUCCCUUUCCAGGAAGGGAAAACGGCCCCGAUCAGGACAGAGCAGACGCUGGACAAUUCAGCUGCAGAAUGGUGACUAUGUCGCACAAGGUGCCGUGACUGUCACUCUUGUGCUGAAGGAAAAGCCUAGAGGUGUUGGCAUUUAUCUGGACUAUGAGUUGGGUAACAUUUCAUUUUACAGUUUGAAUGACAGGUCUCACAUCCAUUCUUUCACGGAUAAAUUUUCUGAAGUCCUAAAGCCUUACUUCUAUAUCAGACGGGACUCUAAACCUCUGACAGUCUGUGCGGUAAGAGAUUAUGAAGCAUGAACUGUGACUUUGCUUCAUUUUCCUCCUGUAAUUUAUGGAGUAGGUCAAAUAUUGCACAACUGUCAGUAAAUGUAGCACCAACAAAAAUUUUUUUAAUGCUCAUUUUGUUACCGCAUGGGGUAACAACGUGGGGCCUUCUGCUUGCUGCAAGACAUGCCAAUAGUCAAGAGGCAAGGUGGUAGGAGA